CGAGAGCCGUACAGGAAAAAAAAAAAAAAGAAAAAAGAAGAAGAAGAAGAAGGCCGGGGCGCAGCGGGUCCCAGAGCCCGCGGUCCGCCCCCGCCGCCAGGCCGGGAAGCGCAGAGGAGGAGCCGGAGCGGCGAGGCGCCCGGGAUCAGUUGCGCACCGGGCUGUGAGGAGAAAUCUAAUCAGAUCUUUGGCGGAGGGGCCGGCCGGAAGCAAGGCGAGGAGUGGGGGGAGCCGAGCCCCAAAAUCUUCCGGGGUGGGGGGCGCGCUCCGCGGAGGGAAAGGAACCGACGACGCGAGAGAAGACUAUUUUUCCCCCUGGCGGCGGUGGCCGCGGGCGCGCUGCAAGCAUGAAGGCUGCGGGACGCAGCUCUGCCCGGGAGCCCGGCGCGGCGGACGCCCUGGCGGUGCGAGGCGGGAAGAGGAACGGAGCCUUUCCCGGAUCCUAACGCAGAACGCGUGCACGGGCACCGAGCGAGCUUCGGGCCAUGAGAUCCACCCGGCUCGGCGCUGCGGGGGUUGGUGCGCUCCGACAUAAAUAAAUAAGCAGAAAAUAGCUGCCCCCCGCCCCCCUCCCCCAAGGAUGCUUGGAAAUGGAGACGCUCGGAGCCGCGCAGGAAAAGCGUGCUUAUUUCUCUCUGUAAAGGAGAAAGUACACCCAGGAGAUAUUUUUGGAGUGAAAAGUUUGAGGCUUUUUUUAGGAAAGUAAAAGACGUGAUAUGAUAUUUUUCCCCCUUUUCUUUCUUCUUUAUUUUUUGAAUUUUCCACAAAAGGAGAGGAAAUUAAUAAUACAUCUGCAAAGAAAUUUCAGAGAAGAAAAGUUGACCGCGGCGGCACGAGGGGCAUGGAUUGCGGGAGAGAGAGGAGCAGGGCACGGCGGGAUUUGUGCCUGUGGUGACUGGAACUGACGGAUAAUUGUGGCUGGCUGUUUGUUCAUCAACCUUUCACCCCCUUUCAUUGCUUUUAUUUUUGGUGUCAAGAUCCUGUGUUUUCUUUUAUUCCUAACCACCUGGAUUUCCGUGUGGAUACUGCUGUGAUCAGUCUGAAAUACCACAGUUUGAACUCCAGAAGGACCAACACCAGAUAAAUUAUGAAUGUUGAACAAGAUGACCUUACAUCCACAGCAGAUAAUGAUAGGUCCUAGGUUUAACAGGGCCCUACUUGACCCCCUGCUCGUGGUGCUGCUGGCUCUUCAACUGCUCAUGGUGGCCGGUCUGGUGCGGGCUCAAACCUGCCCUUCCGUGUGCUCCUGCAGCAACCAGUUCAGCAAGGUGAUCUGCGUUCGGAAGAACUUGCGUGAGGUUCCAGAUGGCAUCUCCACCAACACGCGCCUGCUGAACCUGCACGAGAACCAAAUUCAGAUCAUCAAAGUCAACAGCUUCAAGCACUUGAGGCACUUGGAAAUCCUGCAACUGAGUCGGAACCAUAUUAGAACCAUUGAAAUUGGGGCCUUCAAUGGUCUGGCCAACCUCAACACUCUGGAACUGUUUGACAAUCGUCUUACUACCAUCCCGAAUGGAGCUUUUGUAUAUUUGUCUAAACUGAAGGAGCUCUGGUUGCGCAACAACCCCAUUGAAAGCAUCCCUUCUUAUGCUUUUAACCGAAUCCCUUCUUUGCGUCGGCUGGACUUAGGGGAGUUGAAAAGGCUUUCAUACAUCUCAGAAGGUGCCUUUGAAGGUCUCUCCAACUUGAGGUAUUUGAACCUUGCCAUGUGCAACCUCCGGGAAAUCCCUAACCUCACACCACUUAUCAAACUGGAUGAGCUAGACCUUUCUGGGAAUCAUUUGUCUGCAAUCAGGCCUGGCUCUUUUCAGGGGUUGAUGCACCUUCAAAAACUUUGGAUGAUACAGUCGCAGAUUCAAGUGAUUGAACGGAAUGCCUUCGAUAACCUUCAGUCACUAGUAGAGAUCAACCUGGCUCACAACAACCUCACAUUACUGCCCCAUGAUCUCUUCACCCCCUUGCAUCACCUAGAGAGGAUACACUUGCAUCACAACCCUUGGAACUGUAACUGUGAUAUACUGUGGCUCAGCUGGUGGAUAAAAGACAUGGCUCCCUCCAACACAGCUUGCUGUGCCCGGUGUAACACUCCUCCCAGUCUGAAAGGGAGGUACAUCGGGGAGCUCGACCAGAAUUACUUCACUUGCUAUGCUCCGGUCAUUGUGGAGCCCCCCACAGACCUCAAUGUCACUGAAGGCAUGGCAGCUGAGCUGAAAUGUCGUGCUUCCACAUCCCUGACAUCUGUGUCUUGGAUUACUCCAAAUGGAACAAUCAUGACACAUGGGGCUUACAAGGUACGGAUAGCUGUGCUCAGCGACGGUACAUUAAAUUUCACGAAUGUCACCGUGCAAGACACAGGCAUGUACACAUGUAUGGUGAGUAAUUCUGUCGGAAAUACUACUGCUUCAGCCACCCUGAAUGUUACUGCAGCAGCUACUACUCCUUUCUCUUACUUUUCAACUGUCACGGUAGAGACUAUGGAACCUUCUCAGGAUGAAGCACGGACCACAGACAACAAUGUGGGCCCCACCCCAGUGAUUGACUGGGAAACCACCAAUGUGACCACCUCUCUUACACCACAGAGCACAAGGUCCACAGAAAAGACAUUCACCAUCCCAGUGACCGAUAUAAACAGUGGGAUCCCGGGAAUUGAUGAGGUCAUGAAAACGACCAAAAUCAUCAUUGGGUGUUUUGUGGCCAUCACACUUAUGGCUGCAGUGAUGCUGGUCAUUUUCUAUAAGAUGAGGAAGCAGCACCAUCGGCAGAACCAUCACGCUCCGACAAGGACUGUUGAAAUCAUAAACGUGGAUGAUGAGAUCGCAGGGGACACGCCCCUGGAAAGCCACCUGCCCAUGCCUGCCAUAGAGCAUGAGCACCUCAACCACUAUAACUCUUACAAAUCUCCCUUCAACCACACAACAACAGUUAACACAAUAAAUUCAAUACACAGUUCAGUGCAUGAACCGUUAUUGAUCCGAAUGAACUCUAAAGACAAUGUACAAGAGACUCAGAUCUAAAACACUCACAGUUACAGAAAACAAACAGUCAAAAAGAGACAGUUUAUUAAAAAAAAAAUGACGCAAAUGACUGGGCUGAAUCUACUGUUUCAAAAAAGUGUCUUUACAAAAAA